UAACAAAAAUGCACAGUUGUUGCUGUCGGGAAAUAUUUCUUUAAUCGUAAAUCACAUUAAGAAAAGGAAACGUGGACCACAUAAUACACUUUAUAAAAAUAGAAAGCAGCGCGGUGAAUUUCACAAUCAGUAUUUCGACGUAAGGAAAAACGAAAAAGAUUUUUACGAAUAUUUGUGUAUGUCAACAGAAACAUUUGAUUACAUCUGUAAUGGAAUACGCAGUGAUUGUACUCGUUAUACUCGUAUUAGUGUGGAACAAAGAUUGGUGUUAACAUUAAGGUAUCUAAUAACAGGAACGCCUUUUCGGAAGUUGGCAGUGCCAUUUCGUAUAUCAAAAACAGCAAUCGCAAAUAUUGUUGUUCAGGUUUGCAAUGCUAUUUGGAAUAAUUUUAACAAUACCCAUAUGAAAUUUCCAAAUACAGAAGAUUUCAAAGAUAUCGCUAACUCAUUUUCAAAUUUGGACAAAUUUCCACAUUGCUGUGGCAAUCUCGACGGAAAACAUAUUCGUCUCAACAGACCACAUCUCUCUGGUAGCAUGUACUAUAAUUACAAACAUUUUUACUCAAUUGUUUUAUUAGCCGUUUCUGAUUCACAAAACACGUUUCGAAUCAUUGAUGUAGGAGCUUAUGGAAAAGAUAGUGAUGGAGGUGUUCUCAGCAAUUCAAUUUUUUUUAAAGAUCUAAGCAGUGGAAAAAUCCAACUACCAUCUGAGGAACGACUACCAGAAAGCAAUAUUAUCGCGCCAUAUGUAUUUUUAGGGGAUGAGGCGUUCCCGCUCAAAGCAUUCUUAAUGAGACCUUAUCCAAGAAGGCAAGCAUCGGGAAAUGCUAAUAAAUCAAGAUUUAAUUACAAAUUAUCUACAACGAGGGUUGGAAUAGAAUGCACAUUUGGAAUGGCUGCGAGUAAAUUUCGAAUUCUUUUAAAAAGUAUAGAAACAUCAGAAGAAAAUGCAAUUACAAUUGUUAAGGCAAUCUGUAUAUUGCAUAAUAUUAUAAUACAUAUGGACGGAAAACAAUCAGAAAUAACAGUAACAAAUCGUCAAUUGAACAAUAGAUUGAUGAGAAUUCAAAGCAAUACAAGUAAUAAUAGAGCAACAAGAACUGCAAUUAAUGCCAGGGAAAAAUUCACGGCUUAUUUUUAUAAUCAACAAUAAUUAUUGUGUUUAAUUAAAAAUAUACAUGUUUAAUAAUAAUUAAAAACAUUCUAAUUUAAA